CAGUCAAGUGGGACUUCAUCGACGCGAAAGGCGCCGCUGCCGCCCGGGUGUCGCGCCUUAAAGGGACAUGCACUAGUGCGGUGCUCCGCCACGGACAUGGCGGCGGCGCGCGGUCACCAGCGCACGGAUGAUCUGCACAAAACUCAUAACUCUGUGUCAGCAACAGAUGGACUCUCUGCAACUUCAUUUAUAGAAUAUCCAAAGUACAAGCCAUUUAUUAAUUCAGAUUUGCUGCGGUCCCCACGGAAACCAGUAAUCCCAUAUCCUGAAAGCAACAGCAGAGCAAUAUUUUCUGCUCUGAAGAAUCUCCAGGAAAAGAUUCAUCGACUGGAGUUGGAACGGCUUCAGGCGGAGGAGAAUGUAAAACACCUCAGCAGAGAAACAGCAGACUAUAAAAAAGUACUAAGUGAACAAAUGCGACACAAAGAGCAUGACAAGACUGAAGUGUCAAAGAAAAAUCAAGAGCUGGCUUCUCAGCUGGCAGCUGCUGAGUCUCGGUGCAGCCUUUUAGAGAAACAGCUUGACUACAUGAGAAAAAUGAUCCAGCAUGCAGAAAAUGAGAAGUCACAUCUCUUGGAAAAACAGGGUUCGUUGGAGAGAGAUCGGCUUCUUGAUCAAUCACAUGUUCAGUCUAAAUUGGAAAAGCUGGAUAUGCUGGAAAAAGAGUACAGCAGACUUACUACGAUGCAGUCCAUAGCAGAGAAAAAAAUGAAAGAGCUGGAACUGAAACUUCAGGAGGAAGAACACGCGAGGAAGCUUGUUCAGGAAAAAGCAGCUGAGCUUCAGACAGGCCUGGAAACCAACAGACUACUGAUUCAAGCAGCAUCACCGUUGCUUUCUCCAAAAGCAAGAAGACCCAGAAAGAAAACUAAACAGCCAGAGAAGAAAUGCUGUCUUACAAGCCAUCUCACUACGCAGCCCCAUUACAGACUGUGUCUGGGUGAUGUGCCCUUUGUAGCUGGGAAGUCUACCAGUCCCAGUCAUUCAGUUGGUGCCAAUGUUCAACAUGUCCUACACCUGAUGAAACAGCACACAAAAGCUUUGUGUAACAGUCGUGUGGUAAAUGAUACUCUACUAGCAAAAUCUGUCAGUACUGAUCAUCCUGCCAGCAAAAGCAGAAAGUCAUCUCUGCCAAAGGAAUCUUCUUCAUCCCGGGAAGAGCUCUCAGAAGUGCUGCUGACUUUACAAGAUGAAUUUGGGCAGAUGAGUUUUGAUCACCAGCAGCUGUCAAAGCUUGUCCAGGAAGCCCCAACCAUUGCAGUGAGGGAAGAUCUGGAGAGGGAACUUGAGGCACUAGUGGGAAAGAUGGAAGCAAAGGCAGACCAGAUCAGCAAAGUCCGGAGGCAUUGGUUGCAGCUAGAGAGACUUAAGCGAGAAUGCAAGUCCAAAAAGACUUCUGCUAAACAAAUAAAAGACAGCAAGUUCCCUGUUAGUGAGGUUAAAGUAACAACUACAGUAACCACAAAAGGGAAGAAUGCUGGUCCCAUCAAAGUGAAACCUGGAGAGAAGAGUAGGAAAAAUCUUCAGUUGUUGAGAGACAUGCAGACCAUACAGACUUCGCUACAGAAAGAUGAUGUCAGCUGGGACUACUGACUGUUCUGCAGGAGAAGUUCGUGAUACCAUCCCGGUCAAACUUCCUGACAUUCUGGAUAUAAAGCAGCUGCCUUUCUUGCUAUGUGAAAGAGAGUACUGUAUGCUAAGUGCACUUUUGAAAUAUGGGCCCUUAAUUCUCCAUCCCUGGGUUUGAUUGUAUAUAUUACAGUCUAGUUUAAAACACAUUCCAUUUUUAAGGUACCCAGCCACUGAAUGUAACCAUAGGUCUCCAUCAGUUCCUUUCAUCUGGUGGUUCCAGCAGUCCCUCCUUUUUCUGAGCACCGCACACUUGGGUGGGUUGGUGCGUGUGAAAUGCCAGUGCAAUUUCACGCUGUUGUUGAACUGUGCAUUGGGAGGCUUCUCAAGAUGCAUCUUGUUUGAAAACGAUGCAGUGAACCGAAGUCUUCAGGGCUUCUGUCAGUUCUGUUCUGUGUGCAGCUGCAACAACUCAAACGCUGAGUGUCCAAGGCAGAACAGGUGACCCUGGUACGACAUUAAAGGUGUUCAAUGGAGUUCCUCAAAAACCCUUCCUAGUUCUUGUCCUGCUGCAUUGCAUUGGUCAGCAUUGAUGGCAGUGGAUGCUUGAGUACUUGGAAAAGGAGCAAAGUAACUUUUCUGUAUUAUUUUGCAUAAUGAUUGAUUGAAUUCUUUUCAAGUCUGAAGAGUGAAAUUUUUCUACAGAAAUCCUGCUUUAUGACAAAGCUGUAGGAUAGGGGACAGUAUCCCAUCUCCUAGUCCACAGCUUUGGGUGGUAAAGGAGUGAGACAGAUAAACCACAAGGGUUUUAAACUGCAAGUGCCCCAAUCAUGCCCUUCAGUCCUGGCAUCUUGCUUUUAACUUGAAAUAUGCGCUUUGAUGAGCUAUCUACUUUGGUAGUGGUGCAAUUCAUUUUGCACUCUUGACUUGCACAGCUGAGUAAAUGUUAUUUAUUAUGUUAAUAAUGUAAAGAAUUUCCUAUUAAUGGAAUGUACAGAAGACCGAGAUUAUCUGUUUAUACAGUUGAAAAAUAAUGCCAGCUUGCCUGUUGAAUGAAUAGUGGGAAAGCUGUACUUCCUCUGACUUACCUCAGUGGUUGCUGCAGCACCGUGCCCCAUCCACUGUGCUUUUUGUGGUGAUGGACACCUCCCUGGUUGGGGUGAUGAAUACGAGGGGUUAAGGUGAGGCUCAGGGUUGUCUACCCUUGCCUGGCACUAAGGGGCAGGGACUGUAGGGUCAGUGCAGGCAGAAGGGAUUUCAGCUUUAAUUAUCUGUAGGUGAUCCACCCUCAUUGCCCCGGGGCACAGAGGUUUUAGCUGUGCUGGUGGGGGGGGAAGUCAGAAGCUGUUAACCAGGCCUGGAGCCAUCUCCAUUGUUAGAGACAUGGGCUCCAGGUAGCUGGAGUUACCACUUGGAGAGCAGCUCACCCCAGAGGUUCCUAAAGAUCAGUAGCUGAAGCUGCACUCAGUAACUUUCCUUUGGAAGGAUCUUGGGAUGGGCUUGCUCAACAAUGGGAUAAAACUUCAGCACUGCUGGAUGCAGCUCCCUAAUGACAGAAGCUUAGGAGUACUUCAGGCUCCAUAUGUGCUGCACACAGGGAAUGAGGUGCCCGAGGUAGAAUUAAGCCUACUAGGGGCAGGAGCUUCAAGGAUCUGGAGCAGGCAUUGAGUUGAUCCUAAAUCAUCCCAGUGAAUUCAGGCUUAACAUGAGUUACACAGAAAAAUGUGAAGCCUCCUUUUACACAGAAGUUACUGUGCUGAUGCACUGUAAAGUGCAGAAAUUGUUUGGGUUUUUUUUUUAAUUGUGAAAGUAUUUUUGUAAUAUUGAGCAGCUAAGCACUGUAUCUGUGUUAAUACCAGUCUGUAUAGGGUAAGAGAAACUUGUCCAAAAAUGAAUUUUGUUUUCCUGUCCUUCUAAGGUUCAGAGUUUGAACAUUAUUAGCAUUUUGCAAGACUCUCUGCAGAAGAAUGAGAGAUUUGGAUUUAACAUACUCAAUUUUCAGUGCUAUGUUAUUCAUAUUUGCAUGUCCUACACAUCCUUUGGAGAACCACAUAGUUGAAAAUAAGAACACAGAAACUUUACCCACUUAUCCAUUUUUAUUAGUGUUAAGGAGACCAAACAGCUUUCAUCAAGAAACAAAAUAUACACACAUAGUCAGUUUGCUAAUAGAGAAUAAUAUUAUGAACCAUCUUAUAUAGUGAUUGUACGUAAGAGCAGAUCUGCUCUUUAACCUUAAAGCAAAUCCCAGUCCUUCAGAAGGUAUUUUGUGUAGAUUCUUUGCACUGUUGACCCACAGGGUCUCAGGCCACCCUGUAACAAAUGCAGUGAUGCUGUACAGCCUGUUACUCAUUCUGUCAGGAGGCGGCUAUAGAUUUCUCUGAAAAUUCUGUGGCAGAGCAGGCAGAAAUGGAGACAGCAGGGGGAAAUUGGGGUUACUGCCUUGGAAGGAAUGCAGCUUUUGUAAGGUAAUUCCUAAUUUGUAAAUGGGUGCACUCUUGUACUCUCUCAGAAAAUACUUCUCUAUGGUGGAAAAGAGGCCAUGUGCAGCAGUGUGCUGAUGGGGGUACUAACAGGUGAGCACACUCUGGGAUCCUGUCAUAAAACAGCAACACAGGAACUCAGAGUAAGCAGUGCCCCUCUUCCUCAGGACAGAGGGGAAACAGCCUGGAAUAAAGACCUUGCACACACAUCACUUCCUUUGCUGUAAGCCCCUUCUCCUACAACCCCAUACUGAUCUGUUUGGAAGAGCCAUGGGGCAGUCAUGGUUUCACCAAGUGUGUUUUUAUUUCCACUUCUGCAGUAAAAUUUUGUAUUAAAAUUGAAUAUGACUUAA